AUUUACUUUAAAUUAAUUAAUUUAAGCUUUAGAAAAUCAUGGUUUUGUUUUAUUUUUUGGUCACUUCCGCCAAUAAUCUUGACAGGAUGCAUCAUGGCCAAGUGUAGUCCAAUAAUUUGGCCCAAAGUUGUUUUAUUCGGCGACUCCAUCACUCAGUUUUCCUUUCAACCCAACGGGUGGGGAGCAGACAUUGCCAACAAACUUGCCAGAAAGUGUGACGUUGUAAACAGAGGACUGUCUGGCUACAACUCCAGAUGGGCCAGGAUUGUACUUCCUCGUCUCAUCCAGAGCCAGAACCCAGGAGUCGUGGCUGCUGUUACGGUCUUCUUUGGAGCCAACGACUGUUCGUUGGAAGAUGAGAACCCACAGCAGCACGUCCCUCUGCAGGAGUAUUCAGAGAACCUGAAGGAGAUCAGCAGAUUUCUGACAUCAGCUGGCAUAUCCGCAGACAAAGUCAUCUUCAUCACUCCUCCUCCUCUCCAUGAGCCAUCCUGGGAGAAAGAGUGUGUUCUCAAAGGGUGUCCUCUCAAUCGACACAACUCUGUAGUGGGACAGUAUGCUCAGGCUUGUAUCCAGGCAGCCCGUCAGUGUGGUUCAGAUGUCCUAGAUCUCUGGGCACUCAUGCAAAAUGAUGGACAAGAUUACACCGUCUACCUGUCUGACGGGCUGCAUCUCUCAGAAAGGGGAAACCAGUUUGUGGCCGAGCGCCUGUGGGGUUUACUGGAAAGUCGUCUGGCCCACCUGCCCUUCAUCCUGCCCUACUGGGGAGAUGUGAAUGCCAAGAGCCCCGAGUGCAGCCUCCUCUCUACCCAGUGAAGGGGGGCAUUUGUUCUAAAACAUAAAUGAUUAAACAACCUGCAGAGGAUCGUCUCACAGCUGAUUUACAAUAAUGUGUUAAUGUUUAAAUAUGCAAUAAAGGUCCUUUUUACUGA